GCAGCAGCGCUGAGUGCGAGAGAGAGACUGAGAGAGCAGAUACAGUCAGAUCAUAUGGAGUGACGGGCAGCGAUGCCAGUGGAAACCCUGCAAGAGUACAGCGUAUACCUGAGAAAUACGGACGUCUGAGAGAAUAGCAGGACGAACUUCUUCGGAUACAUCACUGAAAUUUGCUAAAAAUCAGAUUUCAUCAACUAACAUUAAGGUGAAGUGAAUUUUGCAGGCGAACCUGUGUUUACAAUGGAUUCUCAGUCAUCAUUUGCCAUUUAAAUGGCAUGAAACGCGGUUGUCAAUAGAUGUUUGAAGUGCACAUGGAUGUUUCAGCUCUGCUCUUUUGUCUUUAUGGAGAACAUUGUGUGUCUGUACAAGAUCAGCUGAGUGAGUGUUUAUCAGAUGUUGAGAUGAUGUUCUCAGGACAAGUUCAUUUGUCGGAUAUGAAGUUAUAAAUCAGCGUGGCUUUGGGUGUAUUUUCUUACAAACAAGUGAAUUUUAACAUGUAAUUUGUUUCCAAUUAAAAAAGUAAACCAGCAGUAAGCAAUCAUGGUAGAACCUGUUGGCUUUGUGGAAGCGUGGAAAGCUCAGUUCCCUGACUCAGAUCCUCCUGAGAUGUCUUUGAACUCUGUUGGAGACAUAGAGCCGGAGCUGGAGAAAUGCAGAAACUCUAUUAGGCGUCUGGAGAUGGAAGUGAACAAGGAGCGCUUUCGAAUGAUCUACCUACAAACGCUUCUGGCCAAGGAGCGGAGAAGCCAUGACUCUCAGAGAUGGGGUUUCAGUAGGGUCUCACAAGGUGAGCGUAAGCCAGCGUCCUUGGACGCCCAUCAUCAGAAAUCUGAUGGAAGCAGGUGUCUCCCAGCCAAACUGAAGCACACAACCGCAGCAGAGGACAGCCAUGAGUCUCAGCCUUGUGUUGAGGUGGUGGGAUGUGAUGUCUCGGACUUGGACAGGCAGAAAAACAGAGAUGGAGAAGUUGACGGGAUGUCUCCAUACAAAAGAAGGAGCGUUGAAGCUCCACUCAGGCCCAUUGCUGGACGUGGACUUGCGCACCAUGAGACGGAUGUUGUUCCAGAGUCUCCACCAAAGGAGAAGGUCACCACGGGGUUGGGAGUCGCCGCGCUUCGGUCAAACUUUGAACGUAUCAGAAGAGCCAAUUCUCAAACAUCUGGCGAGGGGAAAAGUGAGAGGCCUUACUACGUCAACAUGGAGUACCACCACGAGAAAGGUCUUGUUCGGGUCAAUGAUAGAGACGUCUCAGGGAAGAUAAGUAGUCUGGGCAGUCAAGCUAUGCAGAUGGAGCACAAGAGAUCUUUGCAUUCUGUCCCAGGUAAUCUGUCCACUGCUUUUGGGGACAUCCGUAAACCAGAGCGGUCUCAUGAAAGAGCCAUGGACAGUGGUUACAACUGUGAGUACGAGGAGCCUGAUCUAAACCCUGGGUUUGUCAAGGACAGUUCAGUAAGACUUAAUGGAAGAAGAGCACCUCAGCAGAACUGGCACCAGUCAGACUGUCAGCCGUAUACGACUGUUUAUGUGGGGGGCAUUAUGGGAGACGGAGAGGACCUGCACUUGACCUGGCCCAGGCGGUCUUACUCGCCUGGAAGUUUUGAGGAUGGAUACACGCCGGAUUGCAGCUCCAAUGAAAACCUGACAUCCAGCGAAGAAGACUUCUCCUCAGGGCAGUCCAGCCAUGUGUCCCCGAGCCCCACCGCCUACCGAAUGUACAGAGAGAAGAGUCGCUCUCCAUCCCAGCACUCCCAGCAGUCUUUUGAAAGUGGCAGCCCCCCUACCCCACAGUCCCAAAUGCGUCUCAAGCAACAGCUAGCGCUCUCCGACGCCAAUGUUGUUGGUGUCCGCAAGAUCUGGCCUGCUGAUGGAGGCUCCAACAACUUCAGCAACAGUUUCCUUGGAGAUCUGGACAUCUCAUUUAGCGGGACCCCGCCUCCAGCGUAUGUUUAUGAUGGCGAUCGAGGUGAGGACCAUCGUAUGCAGCCUGACGUUGCGUCCUACACGGAUGACUCCCUCUCCUCUCCGCGCCUUCACCCGAAGGGUCGAAUUAUUAGGGAGCCCCCUUCCUCGGGGUCCCUGGAGUCCACUAAAUCAUCGGAGUUGGAUGUCGAAAAAGGGUUGGAGAUGAGGAAAUGGGUCUUAUCAGGGAUCCUGGCCAGUGAGGAGGCCUAUCUGAGCCACUUGGAGGCGCUCUUACUGCCCAUGAAGCCCCUGAAAGCUGCUGCCACUCUGCAAAAAUGCAUUGAGGUUGAAGUCAGGCUGGCCAGCCAGCUCGGCAUGUACAGGGCUUUUGUGGACAACUAUAAGGUUGCCGUGGAAACAGCCGAAAAGUGUUGUCAAGCCAAUUCUCAGUUUGCAGAGAUUUCAGAGAAUCUGAAAGUGAGGAGCGCUAAAGAGGGUAAAGAUCAGAAUGCCAAGAACUCUCUGGAAACGCUGCUGUAUAAACCAGUGGAUCGAGUCACUCGCAGUACCCUCGUCCUCCACGACCUGUUGAAGCACACCCCAUCCAAUCAUCCAGAUCACCCCCUCCUGCAGGAUGCCCUCCGCAUUUCCCAGAACUUCCUCUCCAGCAUUAAUGAGGAGAUCACGCCCCGCCGUCAGUCUAUGACAGUGAAGAAAGGAGAGAAUCGACAGCUUCUCAGAGACCAGUUUAUGGUGGAGUUAGUAGAAGGGGCACGAAAACUUCGGCAUGUCUUCCUCUUUACCGACCUGCUGCUUUGCGCCAAAUUGAAGAAACAAACCGGAGGGAAGGGGCAGCAGUAUGACUGUAAGUGGUAUAUCCCACUAGCUGAUGUCACCUUUCAGACCAUUGAUGAAUCGGAGUCUUCACCGGUCCCCCAGAUACCAGAGGAGGAGAUGGAUGCUAUGAAGGUCAAGAUCUCCCAGAUCAAGAACGAGAUUCAGAGAGAAAAGAGAGUUUGUAAAAGAGGUAAAGUCCUUGAUCGUCUCAGGAAGAAACUGUGUGAACAGGAAUCGCUGCUGCUGCUCAUAUCUCCAUGCAUGGCCUUCAGAGUCAGUAACAGGAAUGGCAAGGGCUAUACAUUCCUGAUUUCAUCUGAUUACGAGCGAGAAGAAUGGAGGGAGAUCAUUCGGGAACAGCAGAAAAAGUGUUUCAAGAGUUUUUCUUUGACUUCCCUGGAGUUGCAGAUGCUCACCAACUCCUGUGUGAAGCUACAGACAGUUCACAAUGUUCCUCUGACAAUCAAUAAAGAAGAUGAUGAAUCCACGGGGCUGUAUGGCUUUCUAAAUGUGAUUGUUCAUUCUGCAACAGGGCUGAAACAGAGCUUGAAUCUGUACUGUACAUUGGAGGUGGACUCGUUCGGCUAUUUCGUGAACAAAGCAAAAACUCGUGUGUAUAGAGACACCACAGAGCCAAACUGGAAUGAGGAGUUUGAGAUCGAGCUAGAGGGCUCUCAGACCCUCAGACUGCUGUGCUACAGUAAGGUCAAACAGUGCAGGGAUGAUGGGGAGAACAUGGAUCGCAUCAUGGCCAAAGGACAGAUUCAGCUGGAUCCUCCAUCGCUGCAGGGUAAAGACUGGCAGAGGACAGUAAUCAGCAUGAAUGGGAUUGAGGUCAAGCUGUCUAUGCGGUUUACCAGCAGAGAGUUCAGUCUGAAGAGGAUGCCGUCCAGGAAACAGUCCGGAGUGUUUGGAGUCAAAAUCGGGGCUGUUACUAAACGGGAGCACUCCAAAGUGCCUCUUAUUGUGAGACAGUGUGUAGAAGAGAUUGAGCGCAGAGGGAUGGAGGAAGUGGGCAUCUAUCGUGUCUCUGGUGUGGCCACUGACAUCCAAGCCCUAAAAGCUGCCUUUGAUGCCAACAAUAAAGAUGUUUCCGUUAUGAUGAGUGAGAUGGACGUGAAUGCCAUCGCUGGAACGCUGAAGCUUUACUUCAGAGAGCUUCCUGAGCCCCUCUUCACUGACGAACUCUACGCAAAUUUCACUGAAGGCAUUGCAUUAUCAGACAGUGUGGCAAAGGAAAGCUGUAUGCUCAAUUUGUUGCUCUCGCUACCUGAACCCAACCUGCUGACCUUCCUGUUUCUACUGGACCAUCUGAAGAGGGUUGCUGAGAAUGAGAGCGUCAACAAGAUGUCCUUCCACAAUCUCGCCACAGUAUUCGGCCCGACCCUCCUUCGCCCCUCUGAAAAGGACAGUAAAAUUCCAGCCAAUCCCACGCAGCCCAUCUCUAUGAGUGACAGCUGGUCUCUUGAGGUUAUGUCUCAGGUCCAGGUAUUACUGUACUUCCUGCAGCUGGAGGCGAUCCCUACUCCGGAUAGUAAACGGCAGAGUAUGCUUUUCUCCACGGAGGUUUGAAAAGGAACUCAGAUGCAUUAUGGUGUGAAAUGCACUGGGACUGAUUCAGCAUGCGACCAAUGGAGGGCACCAACAUCCUACUGAAAUCUUACAAGCGGAGUGAAUUCCCUGCAUCAGUAGCAUUCUGUUGAUAUUUCUGUAGUGAAGAAUGACAAGCCAGUCUGAUAUCUUCUCAUGAACUCACUGUUACAAGCACUUAAGAGUUACAUUCAACAUGCAGGUGAUGUUGCUUAUUUUCACUCUCAUCCAUUGUAGGAUUUCUGACUGAAUGGUGGCUCACACUUUGAGUGCCAAGCUUCUCGUAGAUCAUUGGAUGGUGAAUGUUAUUCUUGUGUUUUCUCUUGUUCCUUUCAGCACUGUGGGUUUCUAAAGAAUUACACAUUCCAGUUUUCCAUAAACGCUUUAUUUGAUCUGACAUUUUGCUCACCUAUGAUUUAUGUCUUCCCAUGGCGAGGGCUACGGAACAUCUGAAUACGUAAAUCAUAAGGAGGAACACAUUUAUAUGGCCCCUUUCUGAUGGAUAAAACACAACACAACACAGAGAACUAAAAUGUGAGGUUCUUUAACCAACGUGUGACUAUGGUCAACAUGUUAGCAUAUUAGUUCGUAACUAAAAAGAAUAUACGACACAAUUAUAGUUUACCGUUCCCAUGAUUCCCAAGUAUGUACAUUCCUUUUGUUUUAUGAAAACAUUUCUCUAUUUUAUCUCACAUAAAUCCAACUAAUAUUGGAUUACUGAGCCUAUAUUAAAACAAUACAGCACACAUUGGUCAUAUCACAUGAUAUUAUAGGACUGUAACACAUUAUUUUUCAGUACUGUUUAAACUGGAAACCUCACAUAACUUAGGAAAUAAAACAUAAAAUAGUUUUAAAUCUUUAUAUCAUUUAAGGUAUUAUAGGAAAUGAUUAACCGUAACUGAUGGACUCAAUAUAUUCAAAUGGAUAUAGGAGUUCUCCAUCAGAAUAAUAUCACUGCUACAUUAGUUUUCUGUAUUUAAGAAAUAGCAAAAAUUAACUUAAUUCAAACACUGUACAUUUUUCUUGUUUAAUCAUUUGGGUUCAUUAUAUUUUCACUUUGUAAAAUUUUGCUGUUCACAAAACUUGCAAGCACUUUGCGAUCCUGAGCAGUGUCAAUAUCUUGCCCUGUUAAGUGUGUGUGUAAAUUGUUCAGUGUAUUAUGGCUAAUAUGCAUAUAUCUGUAUUAUGUUGUUCAGAACAAAGGAGAGGUUGUGUAUUAUUUGGAUGUCAUGUAACAUGCAGGCAUGUUGUUUUGUUAAUGACUUAUUUUUCUUUUAGAGAUUUCCUUUAGUUAUUGUGCCAUGCUUGUGUAUUUCCUUUAGACUAAGGAAAACUGAGACAUUCCUGUAAUUGUGUUGAAGAUCAUUGCCUUUCUCUGUUCUUAUUCCAUUGUAUGUUCUGGAAUCUGCACUAACUUUAUCAAGCUCCUGCUUGAAUUACAGCUAUAUCCAUUCCUCCUUUUUCUCUCGUUUAUUUGGUCCGUUGCACGCUGUACUGAUGAAGAUAUUCCUGGCUGCUAUUUUACAACCCAGCUUCCAUGAUGAGGAAAUGUUCUGUAUAUGGAUAAGUAUGGCACAGUGUGGAUUAAGGAGAUUGAUCACAAUAAACUCCUUCAUCCUCUUGUUUCCACAGA